CUGGAAUGUUGUGGUGUAACAAGGCUAUCACAUCAAAUCAAAUUUCUUAUUGGCUCGGUAUUACUGGACCAUCAUAUAAUAUUGAUACUGCAUGUAGCUCGAGUCACUUUGCUGUAAUGGAAGCUUACAGACUAAUGCAAUCUGGAGUAUGUGACGCAGCUAUUAUUGCUGCUGGUAAUUUAUGCCUUCAUCCUCAUAUAAAUUUUCAGUUUUAUCAUUUAGGAGUUUUAUCUGCUGAUGGUUAUUGUAAACCCUUUGAUGAAGAAGGAACGGGAUACAUGCGUAGCGAUGCGGUCGGAGCAAUAUAUUUGCAAAAAGCAAAAGAUGCAAGGAGAAUAUAUGCAACCUUUGUACAUUGUAAAACUAACUGCGAUGGUUUUAAAGAAGAAGGUAUUACAUUUCCAUCGCUUGAGAAACAAAAAAUGUUAUUAAAAGAGUUUUAUGAGGAAUGUGAAAUCUCGCCCGCUGAAUUGUCCUAUGUGGAAGCUCACGCAACUGGUACUAUAGUUGGUGAUCCUGUAGAAGUUAUGUCUGUAGAUCAUGCUUUAUGCUCUAAGAGAAAUACUUUUUUACUGAUGGGGUCGGUAAAAUCGAAUCUUGGACACGCUGAAGCAGCCAGUGGCCUUUGCCAAAUUGCAAAGGUACUAUUAACAAUGGAAACUGGCAUAAUCCCGGCGACUAUAAACGUAAAAUAUCCACGAAAAAAUCUGUUUGCUAUUAAUGAAGGAAGAAUAAAGAUUGUUACUAAAGCAACAAAAUUAGAGGGUGAUUAUGUAGGUAUUAAUGCCCUUGGAUUUGGCGGUACUAAUUGUCAUAUAUUAUUAAAAUCAAAUCCUAAACAAAAAAUCAAUAAUGGAGCACCAAAUGAUGAUUUGCCUAGGCUUGUAACUGUAUCUGGAUGUACAAUGGAAGCAGUUAAAAUAAUUUUAGAUGAUGUGCAAAAUCGAACGGUAGAUGCAGAAUAUAUAUCUCUGCUACAUCACAUUUAUAGUGAUAAUAUAGAAAAUCAUUUUUAUAGAGGAUAUGUAAUAACUGAAUCUGAAAUAUCUUAUAAUGCAAUUAGUGAAAUAGGACAUUCAUAUACAAAAAAACCAAUUUGUUAUUUUUCUGGACUAGGGUCGAAAUGGUUCGGAAUGAGUCGAAAUUUAAUGAAAUUUUCGGUGUUUGCCAAAGCAAUAAAACAGUGUGAUUCUGUUUUGAAAUUUUAUGGCAUAUCGCUCACAGACAUUUUAACAAGUGAAAAUGAAAAUACUUUCGACAAUAUUAUUAAUUUUUUCUUAGGUCUUAUCGGAUUACAGAUUGGAAUAGUCGAUCUUUUAGCCUCCAUUAAUAUCAUCCCUGACUUUAUAGUCGGUCAUUCUAUUGGUGAAUUAGUUUGUGGAUACGCUGAUGGAUGUUUAACAGCUGAAGAAACGAUUCUAUUGGCGUAUUUUUUUGGUUUAGCUCUUCAAGAGUCAAUAAUAAUUAACGGUUCGAUGGCUGAAAUUAAUCUUAGUUUUAAAGCUAUAAAAGAUAUGUGUCCUUCGAACAUUGAUAUAGCAUGUUACAAUAAUUCUUCUAAUUUUUUCGUGAGUGGACCAACAGAUUCAAUAAAGGCAUUCCUUGCCAAACUACAGACUGAUGGAAUUUCUGCAAAAGAAAUUUCUUGUGGUAAUAUACCUUUUCAUAGUCGUUACAUUGAACCUGCCUUAAUUAAAUGUGAGAAAUAUUUGAAUCAAAUAUUACCACACAAAAAGUAUCGUAGUUCAAAAUGGUUGACCACAUCUUAUUAUGAAUAUUCUAACACAUCUCAAUUUUUAUGUUCAAAGUAUUAUACAAAUUAUUUGUCGUCACCAGUAUUAUUCGCAAAAACAAUUCACUUGAUUUCAAAAUGUAAUACGGUAACAAUUGAGAUAUCGCCCCAAAAUAUUCUUCAAUAUAUUUUAAAAGAUUCUUUAUAUUUUACACUAAUAAAUACCAUACCGUAUGUAUAUCCUGAGAAUUAUAGUAUUGAAAUAUUUUUGAAAACAAUCGGAAAGCUUUAUAUUGCAGGAUUACAACCAAAAAUUGCAAAUUUAUAUCCAGCAAUAGAAUUUCCUGUAAGCCGUGGUACACCAAUGAUUUCUCAUCUAACAAGAUGGAAUCAUUCCGAAAAUUUCUAUAUAUUACGAUACAGUAAUUUUCAAAAGAUAAUUGAACAAAAGGAAAUAGUUGUCACUAUUGAUAUAACUGACGAGAAAUUUAUAUACUUAACGGGUCAUACUGUUAAUGAAAAAAAUUUAUUUCCGGCUACGGGAUAUCUUUUUCUCAUUUGGGAAAUGAUUGCAUCAUUGAGAAAACAUACUGGACAUACUAAUGUACCAGUUGUAUUUGAAGAUGUUAAUUUUCUUCGUGCAACAGUAUUAUCACAACAAAAUAAAAUUGAAUUUACUCUUAUAAUUCAAGAAGGUAGUAAUAGAUUCGAAAUAAUUGAAGGAAAUAAUGCUGUUGUUACUGGAACAGUACGAAUUCCGAUUAACAUUGAAAAUGAAAAAAUAUCUGCUAAUCUUGCUGAACGUGUCGAUGACGAAGAAGAAAUGGAUACAAAAGACAUUUAUAAAGAAUUAAAACUUCGUGGUUAUCAAUAUACUGGCAUAUUUCGUGGAUUAAAAAGUGCAUCGGUUACAGGAUUAAAUGGCCAUAUUGCAUGGACAUAUAAUUGGGUAGUAUUUAUGGACAAUAUGUUGCAAAUGAUGAUUUUAAGCCAAAAUACAAGGAACUUUUUAGUUCCAACAAGAAUUCGUAAGCUAAUAAUCGACCCAAAAUAUCACAUACAGCUACUUGAGAAUUGUCCAUAUGAUAAAAAACAAUUUAUUGCGCGUAAUUACAAAUCUGUAGAUGCUAUAAUAGCCGGAGGAAUAGAAAUUUAUGGCGCUUUUGCUACAGUCAUACCUCGCCGACAGAAAUCAAUUGAUACAGUUCUUGAAGAAUACAAAUUUGUUGCUCAUUGUGAUUUAAGUCCUAUCUUGUUACAAAAUGCAAUAAGAAUGUCGAUGCACAUAGCACUUGAAUGUUACAAUAUGACAAAUAUAAAAGUUAUCGAAUUUGUAAAAGAUAAUGAUCAAAUAACAUCAAAAGAUUUAAAUUCUCCACUUAUUAAUGAAAUCUUAAGUGAUUUACCUCAGAUUCAACAUAAUAUCAAACUUGUAACAAACGACAAAAAAUUUCAAAAUAACUCUUUGCUUAACAAUAUUUCGACAAUCGAGUUUAAUAAAUUGUCAAAAAAUGAAAAUAGUUUAAUGGUAAUAGGUUUCGGAAUUUUAACAAAAAAUGAUGAAAACUUGUAUCGAGAUUUGCUAUCUGUUUUAAUGCCGCAAGGUUUUCUAUUAACUUUGGAAGAGAUUGAUGCGGUAUAUGAUUAUUCAUGUCUGAAAAUGUAUGGAUUGGAUAUUAUUCUAGAGAAACAAACAAAUAAAAAAACAAUUAUAUUACUAAGAAGAACUCAAGAAUAUGUUAUAAGAAAUUGGCAGAUUGUACAUGUAAAUAAUUAUGAAUUUUCAUGGGUAAAUGAAUUAAAAUCAAUCAUGAAUAUGGAAAAUAAAACUGCAGAUAUGAGAAUAAUACUUGUCGCAGAAGGAGAUUCUGAAUGUGGAAUACUUGGUCUUAUUAAUUGUUUGCGAAAAGAACCAGGCGGUGAAAUUAUUAGAAGCAUAUUUAUCCAAGAUAAGAAAGCGCCUGUUUUUUCUUUGCAUGAGCCACUUUAUACAAAACAGUUACAGUUGGAUUUACCUAUCAAUGUUAUACGUUCCGGUAAUGUUUGGGGAACCUACAGACAUUUUCCAUUACCAUUACUUGAAUCAAAACUUGUACAGAAUGCUUUUAUUAUGCAGAAGGUAAAAGGUGAUCUGAGUACUCUUUGUUGGACAGAAAGCAGAAUACCUAUCUGUUAUGAGCGUGAAAAUUUCGUUAAAGUAAUUUAUGCAUCUAUCAAUUUUAAGGAUAUCAUGUUGGCUACAGGUAGACUUACCGUCGAAUCAAUUGGACAUGAUCCCAGAGAUGAUAUGAUCGGCUUAGAAUUUGUUGGCUUUAAUACACAGGGACAAAGAGUAAUGGGACUGAGCGAAUAUGGAGGAAUUACAAAUAUUUGCGUUGCUGAUAAAUAUCUUACUUGGAUUAUACCCGAUAAAUGGUCAAUGGAAGAAGCAGCAACGAUUCCAUGUGUAUACAGUACAUGCUACUAUGCUUUAUAUAUAAGAGGCAAAAUGAAGAAAGGAGAUAAAGUAUUAAUUCAUUCUGGUACCGGAGGUAUUGGUCAAGCUGCGAUUCAUCUCGCACUUUAUGAAGGUUGUGAAGUGUUUACGACAGUUGGAAAUGUCGAAAAACGUCAAUUUAUAAAAGAAACCUUCCCUUCUAUCCCUGAAAAUCAUAUUGGAAAUUCUCGAGAUACAAGCUUUGAACAAAUGAUUACACAGUAUACAGGAGGUCGUGGAGUAGAUAUCGUAUUAAAUUCCUUAGCCGAAGAAAAAUUGCAAGCAUCUAUGCGCUGUUUAGCAAAUGGUGGCUGUUUUCUAGAAAUUGGAAAAUUCGAUAUGGUUUCUAAUAGUCUAUUGGAUUUAUCUAUCUUUUCUAAAGGCAUUAGUUUUCAUGGCAUUUUAUUAGAUAAAAUAUGUUUGUCAAAUUCAGAAGAAAAGAUAAAAUUGUCGAAAGGAAUGGCAGAAAGUUUACAAAAUGGUAGUAUUAAACCAUUAUGUAGAAAAAUCUUUGAUAAGAAUGAGAUAGAAAGUGCCUUUAGAUAUAUGGCCACUGGAAAACAUAUUGGCAAGAUAAUAAUAAAAAUUCAAAAUGAAGAUGUACCAUCAAAUACUUUUCUACUCGCUCAUCCACGAUAUUAUUGCCUGGAACAUAAAUGUUAUAUUAUUUUGGGUGGACUGGGCGGUUUCGGUUUGGAAUUAGCAAAUUGGUUAAUUCAUCGAGGUGCCAAAAAUCUAAUAUUGACUUCACGAACCGGGAUAAGAACCGGUUAUCAGCAAGCAAGAAUCAAGCUGUGGCAAUCAUGUGGUGUAAAUGUACAAAUUGUUACAGUCGGUAACACUUUGAAUCACAAAGACUGUGAAUUUAUAUUAAAAUUUGCUGAAGAAAUAGGACCUGUGGACGCUAUAUUUAAUCUUGCAGUAAUUUUAAAAGAUUAUAUAUUUCAGAACCAAUCACCACAAAUGUUUGAAGAUUCGUUUAAAUCAAAAGCAUGGCUGACAAAGAAAAUGGAUGAUUUAUCGAGAUCUAUCUGUCCACAACUUAGACAUUUUGUCGUUUUCUCUUCCGUUUCAUGUGGAAGAGGAAAUGCAGGUCAAACAAAUUAUGGGAUGGCUAAUUCUGUCAUGGAAAGAAUUUGUGAAAAAAGAGUGAAAAAAGGAUUACAUGGUUUAGCAAUACAAUGGGGCGCUAUUGGUGAUGUUGGACUUGUCGCUGAUAUGCAAGAGGAUAACAAAGAACUUGUUAUUGGAGGUACUCUGCAACAAAGAAUAUCCUCUUGUUUAGAUACAUUAGAAAUAUUUUUAUUACAAAAUCGACCUGUCGUAAGCAGUAUGAUUGUUGCUGAAAAAAGUGCAAGUUCUGGUGGAUCUAUGAAUAUUUAUGAAACAGUUGCUCAUAUUAUGGGUUUGAAGAAUAUAAACACGGUGGCGCAAAACGUAUCAUUAGCUGAAUUGGGUAUGGAUUCGAUGAUGGCAGUAGAAAUUAAACAAACACUGGAAAGAGAGUUUGAUAUUAUCGUGACUGCACAAGAUAUUCGAAAUUUUAAUUUUUCCAAACUUCGACAAAUGGCUCAUACAACUGAGGAAGAAAAAACACAUAUCACUGUAUCAAAUAAAAUUGAUACAAACAGUUCGAUAAAUUUGAAAACAAUAAUUCUAACAAUUAAGAAUGAAGAUUUGAUUCCAGAUGUUCUUGUAGAACUUGCUACAAAGAAGGAGAAUGGUAGAAAUAAUAUAUUUCUCUUACCAGGAGUUGUCGGAUGGUCGAGCAUAUAUAAAUCCAUAGCAUCAGAAAUUAAAUCUUCAGCAAUAUGUGUGCAACAUAGUGUACUUAAUAUUCCUGACCAAAGUUCAGUGAUGAAGUCUGCUGCUUGCUUGCUGCCUCAUAUAUUGAACAAGAUGCAUAAUCAAAAAGAUUUCCUAAUAGUGGGUUAUUCAUUUGGAUCCUUAAUUGCCAUCGAAUUAGCAAGAUUAUUAGAGGCUAAGAAUAUCUUAGGACGAUUAAUACUUAUAGACGGAGCUCCUGAUCAAAUGAAAUUUUGGGCUGAGCAAUAUUUCAACUAUACUUCGCAACAGCUGCAAAAUAUAAUAUUGCUUAGUAUAAUGGACUUAUAUAAUAUACCUAACAAGAAAAUGUUUUCGGAGUUGGAUAAGUGUAAUACAUGGGGAGAAAAAUUAGAAAUAUUUCAUACUUACUUUCCGAAAGAUUUAUUGACCACUAAAAAUCAAAAACUUGUAUGUUCGACAGUUUAUGAUCAUGUAAUUGCUAUACAAGAUUAUAAUGUGUCUUCAUUACCUCGUCUUAAAUCAUCUAUAACACUGCUAAAACCUACACUUUCAAUUUCCCAUUUUGCUGAAGAGGAUUAUGGCCUGCAUAAGAUUACCGAAGGUAAAUUGCAAAUUCAUUAUAUAGAAGGGACUCACAUUACGAUGAUGGAUAAUGAUAAAAUUAUAUCAGCUAUUAAUGAAGAAUGGAUAGAGGAGUAGAAAUAUAUUUCUAUAUUUGCAUUUAUAUUUUAAUAUAACAUAAACACACAAUACAUAU